AUGGCCGGGCUCGCUGGCUUCACUGAUAACCCCUUCCGGGAUCGCUCUGACCUUGUCCGAGCAGCCAUAGCCCUUAUACAACCUCUUGGGGUAUACAGAUCUCCGGCUAGAGCCCGUGUCAAGUUGCUUCCUUCUACCGCUGCAGCCUUUGACGAUGUUGCAGCCCAACUCGAGGGGUUUGCCCGCCCCCUGUGGGCUGUUCACGCUCUCGUAAGCGACGAUGGAAGCAACGACAUUGGAGAGGCCCACAGCUGGAUCCAAGGUAUCCAAGCCGGCGUGGACCCCUCCAGCUCUGAGUAUUGGGGCGAUGUUGGGCCUUUUGACCAGCGCAUGGUUGAGAUGGAAUCGAUUGCGUUUGCGCUGCUGACCGCCCCAGAUGUCAUGAUGCGCCUUUGGUGCCAGGAGUCGAAACUUAACCUCACAAAAUGGCUCCGACAAAUCAACGACCAUGCUAUGCCGCGAAAUAAUUGGCGAUGGUUUCGGAUUCUAGUCAACUUGGCGCUUGUCAAAGUCCUCGGAGUACCACAUGAUGAGGUGAGACGUAUGAUGGAUGAGGAUUUUGCAGUGCUCGACGAAUUUUACCUUGGUCAAGGCUGGUCCUCUGAUGGCGUCUGGGGAGACGAGAGAAAGCAGGCAGAUUACUAUUCCGGAAGUUUCGCCAUCCAGUUUGCGCAAUUGCUUUACAUUCGUUUUGCUCAAGGUGAUGAAGAAAGGGUUCAGAUGUAUCGACAACAAGCAGUCGAAUUUGCCUCACAAUACUGGAGGUACUUCGAUAUCAACGGAGCCGCUAUACCAUUCGGCCGCAGUAUGACCUACAGAUUCGCAUUCGGAGCUUUCUGGGCAGCCCUUGCUCUCGCCGAUGUCCCGCUUAUUAGUCCCAUGGGUAGCCUGGGCUGCAUAAAGGGCAUGCUUCUGCGGCACCUACGAUGGUGGUCAAAGAAGCCAGAGAUUUUCAACUCUGAUGGCACCAUGAACAUUGGAUUUGCCUAUCCCAAUAUGUAUAUGGCCGAGGACUACAACUCAAGACAGUCCGUGUAUUGGUGUUUGAAGAGUUUUAUCGUUUUAGGUUUGCCUGAAGGUCACCAUUUCUGGACCUGCAAAGAGGAGCCCCAUCCUAUGGCAAAGUUGGGUUUGAGCAAACAGCUUCAAAUUGAGCUUCCGACCACUCUUCAGGCGAUCUGGCCUCCUCAUCACAUUCUCUGUAACUCCCAUGAGCACCACUACCUCCUAUCAUCGGGGCAAAUGACGACUAAAAAGUUCAAGGCGAGAGAAGCCAAGUACGGCAAGUUCGCCUACUCCUCCGCAUUUGGAUUCAGUGUACCCUCAGGCCCAGAACUACACCAAUUGGCGUCAGACAGUACGCUUUCCAUUAGCUUGGAUGAUGGAGAGACGUGGAAAGUUCGGUGGCAGCCAUUCGAUGUCAGACUUCAAACUGCUUCCGUUCGCUCCAAUGGAGACUUACACAAGGUUCCUGCAAUAUCCAGUGUCUGGAAGCCUUUCAAACACCUCGGCGUGGAGAUCGAGACGAUUCUCAUCCCGUUGACUCCACACUUCCCGGGGUGGCAUAUUCGGUUGCACAAAUUA